AUGGUGCUCAUUGAUCCCACCACGAUUCCUCUGAUCGACUUUGCCCGACUCGAGACCGACUUCGAGGGUGUGGCUAACGAGAUCAAGGACAUUGCUGCAACAUGGGGGUUCCUGUACAUCAAGAACACCGGUAUUCAGCAGGAGCAGAUUGAUCGCAUGUUUGAGAUUGCCGAUGUCUUCUUCAACAAGACCAGUCCCGAGGAGAAGGCGAGCACGCCCUGGGGCAGCAUUGAGAAUGCCGGCUACGAUGACAGGCGAGCUCGAAAACAAGAGAAGAGAAAUUACGAGGAAUACGGCCAGAACGAAGUGACCAAGAAGGACGAUCCCAAGGAGUCAUUUGCAUUCCGCAAGACCAACUCCUACGACCAGCCUCUGCCACCCACUCUCAAGAAAGUCAACAACGAGAUCCAGGGCUUCAUGAGAACUGCCCACGAAAAGGUUGCCCUCAAAGUGCUGGCCUGUCUCUCUGUGUCCCUGGGACUCCCCGCCGACUACUUCCCCAAGCUGCACAACUUCGACUCCCCUUCGUUCACCACCCUGAGACUCCUCCACUACCCGGGCCUGACUGGCGACGACGCUGCCACACCAGUCCGACUGCCGGCCCACACCGACCACACCGUGGUGACGGUGCUAUUUCAACACAAGGUCAUGGGCCUGCAGGUGCGCCCGCCGAACCUGACCGGCGAGGUCCUGGAAGGCGAGCAGUGGCUUGAUGCCCCCAUCAUCCCCGGCGCCGUGCUGGUCAACAUCGGCGAGACCAUGACCUUCCUCUCGGGCGGACUGAUGAAGAGCACACUACAUCGGGUCGCGCGCUCACCUCGCGCCGAGGACCAGGGCAAGGAGCGCUUCUCGUGCGUCUACUUCUGCCACGCCAACGAGGACACGAAGCUCGCCAUGGUCGAGGGCAUUCAGGGCGGUGUCAAGAAGACGCCACCCAUCUCGUGCGUCACUGGCAAGCGGGUCGAGACCGUCAAGGACUGGAUCCAGCAUCGCCAUAGUCGUGGCACCGCGCUCGCCUUGGAAAGGGAAGAGGCUGCCGCGAAGCAGCUCCAGGCUGAGGCCGGGCUGGCCAUCACGGCGGCGGCAUAG